UGUGGAAGGGCUUGGCUCAGCUUUGGGGUUAAGAAGCGCUUCAUUCCUCCUGUGGGUGGUAGGCACUCACCGGGACUACUCGGCCAAGAGCGGCAGAGGAGAGGAGAUGGCAGUGUAAACCCCAGAGACAGCUGGAUCCUUGAGGUUGAAUCAUGCAAGAAAGGAGAGGGAAGAUCACACUGAAGAUCUGCACAGUCCACUGUGAGUGGUGAUGCUAGUGGGUGGAACUGAAGCUGUGGGCAGAGCUUGGGAGAGGACUGUGACAUACUCUUCCCUGGAAACAAACCAGCCUGCAUAAAUAAACCGGUGACUGAGAUAUUAUUGGAAAGGUAUUUGGCAAGACCGUAGCUGCUCAAGCCGGGGCUCCUAGCUGCGUAUGGAUUAGGUGGAGUCACAGGAUACAGGGUGAUUUGUCCGCCUUGUAAUGAAAACCCUGCCACAUGAACUGCGAGUCACCAAUUACACUUCAGAUCCAGGGCUACUUAACAGAAUUAGCGUCACCUUCUUCAAACGCACUCUUGUCUCGUGCGGUGAUGUGAGUUACGCGACAAAGGCAGCGAUGUUCGUAAAUAUCACUGAGCGGAUCCUGCCCUGAAGCCUGCUUCAGUUCUGCCUUUGGCAGUUGCCAGAAGUUGUCGUUUCCUGGGUGAAGUUUAAAGAAGUAGCCCAGCCGUUUGGGUUUUCAUUCUUGGGAGGCCAGCAGCAUAGUGAAGGAGUGAGAGUUGCUGGGAGCUGCCAAACGUCGCUGACCGCCACCAAGCACCAUGACAAUGAGCAACGGUCCCUCAGACAGGUAUAAAGCCGUCUGGCUGAUCUUCUUCACGCUCGGCCUGGGGACGCUGCUGCCAUGGAAUUUUUUCCUGACAGCCACCAGGUAUUUCACCAACCGCCUCGGGGGUCCCCAGAACAUUUCCUCCCUGGAGCGCCUCCCUGGGCUGAACAGCACGUAUGAGGGCCGGGAGCCUCCCCCCACCUACCUGCAGGCUAGGUUCAACAACUUCAUGACGCUCUGCGCCAUGCUACCCCUGCUCAUCUUCACCUGCCUCAACUCCUUCCUCCACCAGAGGAUCCCCCAGAAAGUCCGUAUCCUGGGCAGCCUGGUUGCCAUCCUUCUGGUCUUCAUGAUGACAGCUGCCUUGGUAAAGGUCCCCUUGGAGCCACUCCCCUUCUUCGUCAUCACCAUGGUCAAGAUCAUCCUCAUCAAUUCCUUUGGUGCCAUCCUCCAGGGCAGCCUCUUUGGAUUGGCUGGGCUGCUGCCUGUCAGCUACACAGCCCCCAUCAUGAGCGGGCAGGGCAUGGCAGGGACCUUCGCAGCUCUGGCCAUGAUCUGCGCUAUCUCCAGCGGCUCAUUGCUGGCAGACAGCGCCUUUGGCUACUUCAUCACAGCCUGCGUGGUGAUCCUGCUGGCCAUCGGCUCCUACAUCCUGCUGCCCCGCCUGGACUUCUUCCGUUACCAUUCGAUGAAGGACAAGACCGAGUAUCGGGUCCACGAGAGGCAUGCUGAGCCGGAGAACACGAUCGACCUGAUCAAGAAAGAUGAGUCCAAUGGAGUGGAACAGAGUUACCCGAACAACACGGCCCCCCAAGUUCCCGGCCAGAAGCCCUCUGUCUUCAGCAUCUUUAAGAAGAUCUGGGUCAUGGCUCUGUCCGUCUGCUUCAUCUUCACUGUCACCAUUGGGGUCUACCCGGCCGUCACUGCCGAGGUGAAGUCCACGAUUGCCGGGAGCAGCAAGUGGGAGAUGUACUUCAUCCCUGUCUCCUGUUUCCUGAUGUUUAAUAUCUUUGACUGGCUGGGACGGAGCCUCACGGCCGUCUGCUUGUGGCCCGGGAAAGACAGCCGGCUCCUGCCCUUCAUGGUGGCUGCUCGCAUAGUCUUCAUCCCCCUCUUCAUGCUGUGCAACGUGCAACCCCGCAGCCACAUGCCCGUUUUCUUCCACCAUGACGCCUGGUACAUCAUCUUCAUCAUCCUCUUCUCCAUCUCCAAUGGCUACCUGGCCAGCCUCUGCAUGUGCUUCGGGCCUAAGAAGGUGCCCGCCCACGAAGCUGAGACGGCCGGAGCCAUCAUGGCCUUUUUCCUCUCGCUGGGCCUGGCGCUGGGAGCCGUGUUCUCCUUCCUCUUCCGGGUGGUGAUCUAGCGGGGUGGCAGCAUGGAUACUGAGGCCGUGCUUGGCUCAGCUUCUCGUCCCCUGGCAAGCGCAUAGAGGCUACGGUGCUGGGGGGACGUCUCCUGUGCACUGCUAUGAACUCUCACUGCCUUAGCAGACCUUAUGCCCUGUGACCUGGGGAGUGACCUCCACCUGCCCUGAGGAUGGCUUGGGGCUUCUGUGGCUGGGCCACUUUGCCCUACCCCCAGCUUGUGUGAUGGCUCCAGGACCUAUGCCCCCCGUACUGUGUGUGACUGUUGGAUCCCACGCACACACAGAUCUCCCCCUGCCCAGUGUUGUGUGACUUCCUCCGCACGCACAGAUGCCAGGAUCCUGCCUCGAAUUCAUAUCACACCCGCCAAGUCUGGGGUCGUUGGCUCAACAGAGAAGAGAGUGCCUGGGGUCACUGCCCCUUUGGGGGCUGCUUGUGACUUGCUCUCCCCAUCCCAGCCUCCUCUCGAGGUGGCCCUGGAGAGUUCACCCUUGUCCAGUUUCUCUCCCCCUGCCCCCAGCAAGGGAAAUGAACUAACCCCCUUGCCUGGCCGAGGAAAGGGGAGCCCUGCAGGCUACACCCCUGCACCCUCCGCCCUAUAUACGUGUGUGCUGCCCAUCGCUGUAGCUGCUGAGCCUCUCAGACAUUCGUAGCUUUAUUCCUCCCCCUCUGUCCCGAGAGCUAGGGAAGUGCCAUGACCCCAGACUCCAGAUGAGGAAGUGGGGCAGAGCUGGAGAUAGAGCCCAGGUGCCUGGAGUACCAGUCAGAUGCCUCAGUUACUGCACUUCCUUCCUCUUCUGCCCUGGCCUUUCCCCUGCUCCUGACCUCCCUUCAGUUGCCAUUCACCCCAGCUGCUUGCACUGCCCCAGACUUUGAUCCGCCCACUGCGGCAGUCUCUACCUUCCCCAGGAGGAGGUGCUGCAGGAGUGGAGCAGGCACGCUGGCAGUGGGGGGUGCCCAGAGAGUGAGAAGGCCGAUGGAGAACUGCACUGCCAGGAGCCACCCCAUGCUCCGUGAGGCCUUGCCUGGCUGAGUGCCCCUUGGCGCGGGCGGGGGCCCGGCCUGUUCGUCUCUGUAAAUGUAUCUGUACAGUUGCCAUUUUCUAUACAAAGAGUGAACAUGC